CAGUGCUCGGAUGUUCGAAUCCGCAGAGAGUGGCGAAACCUCCCGCUAUGGCAAAGGGAUGAAUACUUGCAUUCGGUCAGAUGUCUGAAAUCCAAACCUUCUCGGAUUGGAUUAAAUCACUCGCUAUAUGAUGAUUUUCCGUGGACACAUAGUCGCGUUGGAAAAUACGUGCAUGACGCUGCCCCAUUUCUUGCAUGGCACCGAUACUUCGUUGUUUUAUACGAGGAAACUCUGCAGAAUGUGUGUAGUUAUACCGGGAGCAUGCCGUACUGGGAUUGGGAGCUUGAUUGGGAAGACAUUACCAAAUCGCCUAUCUGGGAUGCAGAGCACGGAUUUGGCACAAACGGCCGACCUGAAGAAUCCAGAGAACCUAUCGUUCAAGGAUACUGCGUACGUGAUGGACCUUUCAGAGACUUCGAGAUACCCUAUCUUGAUGAAACAAUGUAUCCACACUGUCUCUCACGUGGCUUCCUUGCGGGAGACGAACUAGGCCUUCAGGCGCAACAAAUUAGCCCAGAUAUGAUGGACCAAUUGCUAGCUAUAACGGACUACGGCACUUUCAACCUCCGUCUCGAGAAUGGCCCUCAUCUAGCGAUACCUCGCACUAUAAGGGGCGACUUUUCCUUGCUAACCGCGCCCUCAGAUCCAGUAUUCUUUCUUCAUCACACCCAGCUGGACCGCUUGUGGUGGAAUUGGCAGCGGAUGAACGGAUCGAGAUUGACAGAUUACAGUGGGGUUAGAACGCACAAUGGCAAGGAGCCUGCUUCAAGCUUCGACUUGCUACUUAUGGGGGGACUUGCACCCGAUAUUCCCGUGGCUGAAGUCUUGCAUACUACUUCGAACCGCCUUUGUUACAUAUAC